AUGGACGCAUCGUCAAGUGACAAUGCUUUGCCGCACGGCGCGUUCGUCUCUGCUGCACCGACCCUCACGAAGGACAAUGUAGAGCGCUUUGGCCGGCAGAUGCUAGUGGAGGAGAUCGGUGCUGCUCACAUGGAGCAGAUCCGCCAUGCCCAUGUUGUGUGCGUCGGCGCUGGCGGGCUGGGCAGUACUAUUCUGUUGUAUCUCGCAGCGGCUGGGGUCGGACGGCUCACAAUUAUUGACUUUGAUGACGUGGAGCUGUCGAACUUGCAGCGGCAGGUGAUUCACACGACGGCAGCGGUUGGCCAGCCAAAGGCGCUUAGUGCGAAAGCGUCGUGUCUGCGACUAUUUCCAGGGGCGCAUGUUGACGCAGUCGUGGAGGCUCUCACACCCUCAAAUGCCGAGAGACUUUUGGCUACGUGCGACGUUGUCGUUGAUGGCACGGACAACGUGGCGGCGCGCUACCUCAUCAACGACGCUGCGAUGCGGUGCGGUAAGCCUCUCGUUAGCGGAAGCGCCAUAGGAUGGGACGGGCAGCUCUCAGUCUACGGCUAUCGGGGAGGCCCGUGCUAUCGAUGCUUGUUCCCGCAGCCACCUCCUCCAGAAGCGGUUGGCAGCUGCAACGACAGCGGUGUAAUGGGCCCUCUGCCGGGUAUGAUCGGUUGCUUGCAGGCGUUGGAGGUGUUGAAAGUAGCAACAGGUGUCGGUGAGACUCUGAGUGGCCGCCUGUUUCUCUUCAACGGUCUUCAGUUCACCUCGCGUGUCGUCAAGUUACGUGGGCGUCAGCCACGCUGUGUGGCCUGCAGCGCUACAGCGUUGGCGGACGCGACGCCACUCGCUGAUUUAGCUAUACUGGCACGCCCUGAGUACGUCCCGAAGUCGUGUGCAGCCGCCUACACGUCAAGUCCACCUGGUAGAUCAUGCAGUGCUUCAGAGUACGCCGCGCACAUGCCCGGUGCUGCUGCGGCGGCGACGGCGGAGCGCUGCAUCACACUCGACGUGCGCGCGCGCGUGCAGUACGACAUGGCGCACCUGCCGCAUUCUGUAAAUGUGCCGUACCAGUCGAUGCAGCAGUGGCAACGGGCGGGCACGGUGGUGACGCACUUGUCGGAGGUGUUGGAGAAGGCACUGCCACCGCAGUCUGCUGCCGCUCAUGGCGGCACAGUGCCAGAAGUGAUGGUGUACGUGCUGUGCCGUCGCGGUAUCAACUCUCUUAAGGCAACAGCCUUGAUUCGGGCGGCGCUUGAGGAGGAACAGGCGAAGGGCGACAGAGCGACGGCGGCUCGACUUGGCCAAUACGUCUUUCAGAACGUCAGCGGCGGCCUCAACGCCUACCACUGCGAAGUGGACAGAGGCUUUCCCUACUACUGA